GCUAGCCCUUCCUCCCUCCCGGAGUCCCUGUGUCGUGCCUCUCCUGGUAGCACCUUACUGCUGGGUAUGAAGAGGUUGUCUGUGCAGCUGGUGGACUGCAGGAAAACAACGGGGCUGAGUGGAACUGUGAGAGGAGGAGAAGAGAUGAAAGGAUCAGAUUUGACGCACCAAAGAGAAAGACCAGACUCAGAGGAACCAGAGCCAGGGAAGUCCAAACAAGCAAGACGACACCAGUGCUCCCAGUGUGAAAAGAGUUUUAAACAGAAAGCACAACUGAAACAACAUGAGAGGAUACACACAGGGGAGAAGCCUUACCACUGCUCCCAGUGUGGAAAGGGUUUCAACCAGUCAGGGGCGCUGAAACAGCACGAGAGAAUACACACAGGAGAGAAGCCUUACCACUGCUCCCAGUGUGGAAAGUGUUUCAACCGGAAAGCAUUCCUGAACCAACACGAGAGAAUACACACAGGAGAGAAGCCUUACCACUGCUUCCAAUGUGGAAGGUGUUUCAACCAGUCGGGGGCGCUGAAACAACAUGAGAGAAUACACACAGGAGAGAAGCCUUACCACUGCUCCCAAUGUGGAAAGUGUUUCAACCAUUCGGGGAUGCUGAAACAACAUGAGAGAAUACACACAGGAGAGAAGCCUUACCACUGCUCCCAAUGUGGAAAGUGUUUCAACCAUUCGGGGAUGCUGAAAGACCAUGAGAGAAUACACACAGGAGAGAAGCCUUACCACUGCUCCCAGUGUGGGAAGUGUUUCAACCAUUCAGGGACGCUGAAACAGCAUGAAAGAAUACACACAGGAGAGAAGCCUUACCACUGCUCCCAAUGUGGGAAGUGUUUCCUCCGUUCGGGGGAGCUGAAACGGCAUGAGAGAAUACACACAGGAGAGAAGCCUUACCACUGCUCCCAAUGUGGGAAGUGUUUCAACCAUUCGGGGAUGCUGAAACAACAUGAGAGAAUACACACAGGAGAGAAGCCUUACCACUGCUCCCAAUGUGGAAAGUGUUCCAACCAUUCGGGGAUGCUGAAAGACCAUGAGAGAAUACACACAGGAGAGAAGCCUUACCACUGCUCCCAGUGUGGGAAGUGUUUCAACCAUUCAGGGACGCUGAAACAGCAUGAAAGAAUACACACGGGAGAGAAGCCUUACCACUGCUCCCAAUGUGGAAAGUGUUUCAACCAUUCGGGGAUGCUGAAACAACAUGAGAGAAUACACACAGGAGAGAAGCCUUACCACUGCUCCCAGUGUGGAAAGUGUUUCAACCGGAGAGGAAACCUGAAACAACAUGAGAGAAUACACACAGGAGAGAAGCCUUAACACUGCUCCCAGGGUGCAAACCAUUUGCCCAUCACAGUGCUCCCUUUGUCUUUUAUUGUUGACUGACAAUGUGUUUACCUGUCUUUACCAUAUGCAAUUAAAUGGUACAGGGUCUACUCAAACAUAUAUUUGUUUGUUUUUAUUAGGUUCCUUCUUUUAAACUGUCCUUUUUUUAAACUCUAUGUGUGUUUAUCUGGGUGUGUCAUUCCUCCAGCACUACAGAUAAUCAAGUGAUAUUUGGAUGUGAUGCAUUAGUUCCAUUGUUGACAUUUGCAUUGUUGGCCCACUGAUGAUUUAAUGAAAUGAAAAUGUUCAGACUCUGUAAUGGAAAAUGUUAAUUGUUUGUGUGUCCACAUAACUGAGUAUGUGACUAACCUUGUGAAACUGUCCUAUUAUAAGCUCCUGUUCUUGGGAGUAUCAUCCUGUGUUGCAAACCAAUUUACACCUGUGUCCUUGUAUGAAUAAAGUCCCUCCCAGGAACAGGAAACUAUAAAGAUAUGUGCUAGUCACUCAAUACUUCAGGAAAUCAGACUGUCUACACUGCGCUGUGUAACUCUGUUAUUCUCUCUGAGCUCAGAAAUAAAGAAUCUUGGUUUGA